CAACAUCAUAUCAAAUCAUGAUUUAUUCGAUGAAUGGUGGAGAGGAUGGAGAGUCAAUUAUCGGCCAGUGCUAGGCAACAACUCAAUCUUUUCGUUCGUCAAUACCUUCAGCUCCAGCUCAAUCUCGACUACCCGGAUGAAGAGCAUCUUCGAAAUGACGCCUUUCAACUCUCCUUAUGUUCUCAUCUGUUCUCAGAAAAUGGAACCAAGAAUGCGUCUCCGGUGCGAUAUCAGCUUCGAGUCUUGAAAGAGCUCACAAGCAGAAUCGAGCAAAGUAUUCAAGACUGGGAAGAAGAAGGCAUUUCUGAUGACCUCAUGAACUGUCUUUCAUCAUUGCUUGCAUCUUCUGUUCCGCCCGAAGCAAUUUCUGCUCAGCAAAAGUCAUAUGUCACGUAUACACUUUCUUCCCUUCCCUUACAAGAUCAAGCUGCCCCAACUAUCACUCUUCUUGAAGCUCGGAAUCUUGUUGCGGCAUCUGGAACCACAGGACUCAGGACGUGGGAGGCAGCUCUUCACCUUGGCAACUACCUUUGCGCAAAUCAGGCCACUCUCGUUCGUGGAAAGUCCAUUCUGGAGCUAGGCGCUGGAACUGGAUACGUCUCGGCAUUAUGCUCGAAACACCUGGACGCCUCACACGUUAUAGCUACCGAUGGAUCCGACGAUGUGGUUUCCGGCCUCUCGACAAACUUCUACCUCAACGACCUGCAAGACUCCACAAUCAUCGAAGGCAAAGAGCUGAAAUGGGGACAGGCGUUGGUCGGCGGAGAACAUCCGGAAUGGAAUGGUGGGCGGAACAUUGACCUGACUCUUGGAGCUGAUCUGACCUACGAUGGAUCUGGAAUACCGCAACUCGUUUCGACUUUUGGAGACCUGUUCGAGCUGUAUCCGGCGAUGAAAAUCAUUUACGCUGCGACAGUUCGAAAUCCGAAGACAUUUGAGAAGUUUCUUGGGGCAUGCAGAGCGAACAAGUACGUUGUCGAGGAGAUCAAAUUCGGGAUUGAGAAGGCAGAACUCCAGGAAGGUCCAUUCUAUUCGGAUCAAGUCCCGAUUCAAUUAUGUCUAAUCACUAGAUCCUGAUACGCGAAGAUCGCAAUCCAAGAUCCAU